CAAUACAAACAGAGGGCAAAUCCCCUUGUCAGUAUAUAUUUCUUUCAUCACAUUCUCAUUUUUCUGUGGCACAACAGCUUUUCUUUAUACUGAAUUAACCCUUUUGGCUUGGGAAAUGGAACUCUUAAAGCCCCAUCUCUUUCUCUAUCUUCUUGUUAUUUCCUUUUUGUUGGUUCCACUUUUUCAUGGAGGAAUAGGAACAGCAAUAGCUGCCACAAACUAUGAUGGUUCAGAAUCAUGGGGAUAUGUUGAAGUUAGACCAAAGGCACACAUGUUCUGGUGGUACUACAGAAGUCCAUACAGAGUUGAAGAUCCAAAUGAACCAUGGCCAGUAAUACUUUGGUUGCAGGGUGGGCCUGGAGCUUCGGGUGUUGGAAUCGGAGAUUUUGAAGAGAUUGGUCCACUGGACAGGGAUCUAAAACCCCGCAACUCAACUUGGUUGAGAAAGGCUGAUCUCCUUUUUGUGGAUAAUCCAGUCGGAACUGGAUAUAGCUUUGUGGAGGAUGAAAGCCUAUUAGUGAAGACUGAUGUGGAAGCUGCAACAGAUUUGACCACAAUGCUAAUUAGAAUAUUUAAUAGGAACAAAAGCCUACAAAAGAGCCCCCUCUAUAUAGUAGCAGAGUCAUAUGGAGGAAAAUUUGCAGUCACUCUUGGACUUUCAGCCCUCAAAGCUAUAGAGUCUGGUAAACUGAAGCUAAAACUUGGAGGAGUGGCAUUGGGUGAUAGUUGGAUCUCACCUGAAGAUUUUGUGUUCUCAUGGGGUCCUCUUCUGAAAGAUGUAUCAAGGCUUGAUGAUAAUGGCCUGAAACAAUCAAACCGUUUAACCCAAAAAAUAAAGCAGCAGAUUGAUGCCGGCCAGUUUGAAGCUGCAACGGUAUCAUGGAGUAAACUCGAAGACGUCAUACUUGAUAACACUAACUCAGUGGAUUUCUAUAAUUUCUUAUUGGAUUCAGGAAUGGACCCAGUGUCAUUAACAAAUUCAGAAUUGACACGAGCAAUUGCAAUAAAGAGAUACUCAAACUACCUGCAAUCUUCGAGGUAUACUCCAGGUAGUAAUGGUGAUCUUGAAAGCUUGAUGAAUGGUGCUGUGAGAAAGAAACUGAAAAUCAUUCCAAAAAGUGUUCGAUGGGGAUCACAGUCAUAUCCCGUUUUUGAUUCCCUAUAUGGUGAUUUUAUGAGGCCCAGAAUCGAUGAGGUUGAUGAACUAUUAGCUAAAGGAGUGAAUGUAACUGUGUACAAUGGGCAACUUGAUGUCAUUUGUUCGACUAAUGGAGCAGAAGCAUGGGUUAAGAAGCUAAAGUGGGAAGGUCUGAAAACUUUCUUGAAUAUGGAAAGGAGUCCAAUGUAUUGUGGGGAUGACAAAAUUACUAAGGGUUUCACCAAGUCUUAUAAGAAUUUUCACUUCUAUUGGAUUCUUGGAGCUGGUCAUUUUGUUCCAGUGGAUCAACCUUGUCUGGCAUUGGAUAUGGUAGCUAGCAUCACUCAGUCACCGGCUGUUCCAUAAUGAAACACACACAAAUGCACACCUAAUUGAUUUCAAAAUUUACACAACAUUCUAAGAUAGUUCUUCAACAGCAGCUAGAACCUGGACUGCUAUGUAGUUGUAAGAAAAGUCAAUAAAGAAAGAAAAUCUACAUCAUCCAUCUCAUUCUUAUGUUA